UUAAAUCCCCCCCAAAAAAACUCUCUCCAAGAGUCCUGGGCCUCUCUAGGCAAUGCGGGGGAGUCGCUAGAUUUAACCCUUGGAGCGCCUCGCCCGAGAGACAAGAGACGGAGGAGGAGGAGAAAAACCAAGGAGAGCAACUUCUUUUUCCAGGUUUGCGACAAGUAAAACAAAACAACACAACGCAACUUUAUCCUUCCUGCACAAAAGCAGGCACUGAGGCUACAAUCCUAGGGUUGCAACAAUAUAAUAUUAUAUAAUAUUAACAAUAACAAGAAUAGUAACAAGAAUAUGCCAUUUUUUAAAAAAAAAAUCAGAACAAGCAUAUUUUAUUUAACAAGGAUAAAUAUAACAAGUUGAAAAGCAUUAGGAUGAGGGCAUUUGCCCCUUAGUGGCUCCUCGCUUUGUUAGGCUUGGGGUUAAAGCGGUUAAAUGGACUGAGCUGAGAUUCCUAGAGGGACCCCGAUUUAUUUAUCGGCGCUCCCUUCCUUUUCCUUCCGCUGCUUCUCUAUGGCUGGAUAAUAAUAAUAAAUAAUAAUAAUAAUAAUAAGGAGAAGCAGCCUUUUGCAAGGUCUAAACUUGGGUGGAUCUCUGGGAUCUCCUGCAAGGGAGAAGCUGCAGCAGAGACAGAGGCUGGAAAGAGGUGAGUGGUUGCAGGGGGGUGAAAGAAAGGGAAGAGAUCAGAGGGAAGAGCAAAGGUCUGGUGCUUUGCAGGGCAGAAGGCAGACGUCCCCAAGCACGCGCUCUGGGUUAGGGGGUGGUGGGGUGGUGGGUGGGUGAAAUCUGUGGCCCUUCAGAUGUUGGGCUCCCAGCUCCCAUCAGCCCCCAGUCAGCGCAGGCAACAUAGCUAGGGAGAGUGGGGGCUGUAGCCCAGCAACAUCUAGAGAUCCAAGCUUCCCCCAUGCCUGCCCCUAACUCGAAGGUUGUCUGUCCAGCUGGCCCCCCAAGGCCUGCCCCUCUGCCUAGCCCCGGGAAGAGCUGUGGCUGGGUGGAAAAGGCAUCUGCUUGGCAUUCAGAAGUUCAUAGGUUCAGUCCCCAAGGGCAACUCCAGACUGACCAAUUCACUUGUACAUAAAAGGGCAGUUGUUGCAUUUAACUCUUAUUGCAGAGAAUUUAGUCAGCAGGCUCAUCUCAGCUAUCUGCCAAUCUCCCAUUCCCACCACCCUUCUGAGUAAUACCCCUCCCCACCUUCUCACUAUAUAGAAGGAUCUGGCAACUUCUGUUUCAGUGUAUCUGAAGAAGUGUGCUUGCACACGAAAGCUCAUACCAAGAACUAACUUAGUUGGUCUUAAAGGUGCUACUGGAAGGAUUUUUUUUAUGGCAGACCAACACGGCUACCUAUCUGUAACUGCAGAGAAUUUAGACCAUCAAAACGCAGAAAGAAUUUUGUGUGUUAUGAGGUUUACUUUAGGUUUCCCGUGGUCGUCAAGAGGCUUUAAAGGGAGUCCAAAAACGGUUAGAAUAAAAAACAACAACUCAGGAGGUUAAAGAUUGGAAAAGGGCUUACUUUAGCUUUGAGGGGGGUUUUUUCUUUUAAAAAAAGAAUAAAGUGGUAUAUAAAUUUUAUGAAAUAAAUUGUGUUUCUCAUAUAUUUCCCAUAGUGCAUUAAAUAAUGCCAAGACAGCGCACGUUUCCUAUUUCUGAGGUGACCCCUUUGCUUGUUGAAGAAAGGGAAGCAAUAGUGCAGGAGAAUGGAGAAAUUUCUGGAAGAAACCACAUGGUUUGGAGAAGACUUAGUGAGAAACUUGCAAAGAAGAAAAUCAACAUUUCUGCAUACAGUCUGUACCUAGCUGUCCUCAGGGGUCGCUAUGAGGUCUACCAGACCUUGGGAAAUUGUACAGAACCUGUUGCUUCUGACCGGGGAAAUCACGAGCAUUCAUCAGCUUUAUCCUCUGAUGAGUCCAGAGACCACAAUAUGGAUGGAAGCACUGAGGAAAGCGAGGAGGAGGAGGAGUACUUUUUGAGCAAUCAAAAAAUUGUUGAUGAAACACUGGACAGAAAGAAAUUCACAGUCACAUUUUCUACAGAAGAAUGGGCUGAGAUUUCACCAGAAGAUUUGACAUAUAGGAGCAGGAGAGAGAACUCCAUUCGAACCUACAAUAUAGGUAUGGGCUCACAAGCUAAAUAUUCAUGUGUGGUCUCAUUUGGAAUUGCCGUGUAAGGUAAGAUAUAGGGGAGGUAAGAUCUCUGUGUCAGACCGGGCACAACAAUACAUUGGUACCUCGGGUUACAUAUGCUUCAGGUUACAUACGCUUCAGGUUACAGAUUCCGCUAACCCAGAAAUAGUACCUCAGGUUAAGAACUUUGCUUCAGGAUGAGAACAGAAAUCGUGCUCCGGUGGCACAGCAGCAGCAGGAGGCCCCAUUAGCUAAAGUGGUGCUUCAGGUUAAGAACGGACCUCUGGAACGAAUUAAGUACUUAACCCGAGGUACCACUGUAUUUGAAAGUGACAGGAGAAUGCUCGUUUUGCAAGUCACAGUUCAUCGGAUGCAUUAAUGCAAUGCCUCCAGCAGAAGGCCCAGUAGUAAUGCAAUGUUCUUACAAGGGGCGAUUCAAUGAUAAGCAUCGACCAAACCUGAAAAGAAAACUGUCUUGAGUUGCAAGAUAUAUAUAUAAAAAAUUGUCCAGUAGCACCUUAGAGACCAACUAAGUUUGUUCUGGGUAUAAGCUUUUGUGUGCAUGCACACUUUUUUGGUAUCUGAAGAAGUGUGCAUGCACACGAAAACUUAUACUCAGAACAAACUUAGUUGGUCUCUAAGGUGCUACUGAACAAUUUUUUUAUUUUUUUAUAUAUUUCAACUGCGUCAGACCAACACGGCUACCUACCUGAAUCUGGAGUUGCAAGAGAGAGAGAGCUUUUUUAAAAAGGCAAAUGAAAAUAUGUCAGCAACUGCUCUUUGUCACCAGUAUUCAGAUGCCAGUAUGACAUUUGGUGAUCCUGAACCUAGUCAUCUGCCUGCAGGUAAUGUCUUGCAGGUAGCAAAGUGCAAAGCUCUGAAGGGAACUCACCUGCAAGGUUUUUUUGCGGGGGUUUUGCUGCAAAACUUUUGCCAAAGUUUGGUGCCAGUUUGGAGUGAAUCGGACAAGGUUGGGUUUUUGGUGACCCCGUGACCCCCAGGUUUGAGUGUCAAUUGCUCCGUUUGUGGGGCGCUGCAAAAUGCGGGGGGGUUGCUGCAAAACAUUUGCCAAGAGUGAAUCGGACAACAUUGGGUUUGGGAGCAUUAAGUACAAACCCUGUUUUGAAAUAUCAGUUACUCCAUGGGGCACUGCAAAAUGCGGGGUUUUCAGUGCAAAAUGACUUUGACACCAGUUUUGAGGGGAUCCCAGAUUUUGGUGUUUGUAGUUAACGCAGCUGAAAUGACUGACACUUGGAGAGGCUGGGGUGUGAAUGUAACUGGAGAUGAUUUUUACCUGUAUCUGUUUUUAGAAUGCCUACCUAUGGAUGUGCUUGCUGCCCUGGCUCCUUCUAGAGGAAGGGUGGGAUAUCAGUUCAAAUAAAAUAAAUCAAUAAUAAUUUGGGUUCCUUCAACGAAAGUGAUGGGCAGUAGAUUCAGGACAGGUCAGAAGCAAGGACUACUUCACACACUCUUUGCUUGCUUUCAGAACUUGAGAAGAAAUUUUCAGAACCAAACAAAAUGGAAGAACUGGGCCUAGCGGGCCCUGAGGCCAAAGAGGAAUUGGAGGCAGGAGGACAAGAUCUUUGUGUUGUUCAGGUUGGGACCGUCCAGGAGCUUCUGAGCAGGGCAGCCCCACCACAAAUUAAAAAGGAACCAGAUGAGGCGAUUCAACAGCACUGGGAGACCCAGUGGCAGGAGUUCCUGAGGAGAAUGCAGUCUCCUCAGUUGGAAUGGGGGCAGCAAAGCCCACGUCUGCCUCAGCUCUGGUCAAAGGACUACGCUGAGGACUUCCAGGCCUCUGUCAAGGCCAUUGUGGAUACGAUCUGGUGGCCUGCAGGAGAGCGCAUGGCCCAACCCUUGCCAGGCCUACUCAGAGAGUCCAAUGAGGCCAGUCAAAGGCUGGAUCCUUCUGUGAAAGUGAAGGAAGAGGUUCCGGAUGAGGAAGACACCGCCAGCUUGGAGUUGCGUUGCUGGCGCUUCCGGCGGUUUGGCUACAAGGAGGCUGGGGGGCCCCGAGAGGGCUUGAGCCGACUCCGUGAACUUUGCCACCGGUGGCUGGCACCGGAUGCACACACCAAAGAGCAGAUUCUGGAUCUGGUGAUCUUGGAGCAGUUCCUGGCCAUCCUGCCUCCGGAAAUGCAGAGCUGGGUAAGAGAACGGGGCCCCGAGACCUGCACCCGAGCGGUGGCUCUGGCAGAGGAUUUCUUGCUGAGGCUGCGUGAGGUCAAGGUGCCGGGACGAAAGGUGAGGGUACUCAGUGUGGCUAAAUUGCCAGGAGUUCUGUUCCUCCAUCUCAAUAGCCCCCUUUAUAUCUUGGUCUUCUAGAGAGGUAAAGCCAGAAAGGAGAGACAGACUGGAGCUGUCCCCAGGUUGUUGGCCUUCACUGGUAGCCAGGGAAGCUGGUGCCCCUGCCGCACCUUUUCCCCUUCAAUUCAGGCUCUGUCGUCUCUCCCCUUAAGAAAAAGUGCAAGCAAAAGGGGGAGAGGAGCUUGCCCUCAAAGGAAACGGCUCCCCAGGUUUCCAAGUAGUGGCAUCACAAAACCAUUCAUUUCUCGUUCCAGGUACAGGGGCCUUUGGACGAGGCGGCUGUGGAGUCCAAUGCCGUGGAGUCGCCUUUGCCUAUGGAGGUCAAGCCGGAGGAGGAUGGUGAGGCCAGCUUGCUGGGUAAAGGUUUAUUACCGUAUUGGCCUGAAUAUAAGCCGCACCCGAAUAUAAGCUGUACCUUUAAAAUUCAAGGGAGGGAGAGAAAAAAAGACAACACCCAAAUAUAAGCCACUCUCUUAAAAUUCUGCAGGCACUCACACCCAUUCCGUUUUACAGUAUGUCUGUUUCAGCAGCAAUAUCGUAAAAGCCCAUUUUUGUAAGGUUGCGAAUUUAAGCUGGUCACGGCUUUCACGGUCAGAAUUUGGAAAAAAAGUGAGGCUUAUAUUCAGGCCAAUACGGUAAUUAUCAAUGUAAUUAUUUUAAGCAUUUGUACCUUGGGAUGCACUGGGAAUGGUUUCCAGAACAGCUUACAGAUCGUCACUGCCCUCAUAGACUCAUAGUCUAAAAUACAUGCUAUGUUUUAUUUAUAUAUUUGUAGGAAUAUUUCUAAACCACCAACCAAAAAAAAAAUGACUACCAUUAUGAUGAUGUGUAAUAUAAAUGUUAAAGCAUCAUAAAAUUAUAAAACCAGACAAUUAUUCAUACACUGAUUUGGGGGCCAAAGACUCCCGAGUCAUGAAUGUUACAUUAAUAAACAAGUAAGAUACAGUAAAAGUAUAAUAAAUCAGUCAAAACAAUAUAACAUAACAAAAAUACUUGAGAUGAAAGGGAAAAGGGGCAGAAGCACAGGGCUAGGUUUUUGUUCUUACAGCUAUGUUUCUUAUAGCUACCAGGUUGGAUAAAAACAGUUCAGGAUUCCUAAUGGAAUGACUGCAGUUAGGUGGCAAUUAAGAAUGGGAAAACAUUUUUUUUCUAUUUCCGCUGUAUUUGUCUUAUGCGGUGCCCUUUCUGUUCUGCUACAGUUUGCCUCCUGCCAAAAACUACAUUAUUUGUCUCACUUCCCUCUGUGCUGAAGUUACAUAUAUUACAUAAAUUAGGUUGCCAUUAAUGUUAUUCCACCCUGUUCGUUUCAGUGCAAAGGAAACACAAUACAUAUGGGCAAAAACACAUCAUUGAUUAUUUAGAAUUCUAGAACUAUAGAGGGUAUAUGACUCGUGUCCUUAAUUCUCUGUUCCAGAAGCUGAUGGGCACAUUUGGAUGGACUUUGGCUUGAAAAGACCCAAGAAAGUUGAUGGGAUGCCAUUGACAGGAGCCCAAGGGGGUCUGGAGGAGCUAGAAGAGGCACCAGGGAGACGGAUGUGCCCCUCAGAACAGCCAGAGGAGACAGAAGGCCGAGCUUUCCCGUAUAACAAAGGUUUCAAUUGGUGUCCCUCCCAAAAGGGCCUUUUGAAAGUUGUGGGAGAGAAAACAGGCAGCAGGAGCGAGAAAAGCUGCCCUCCGAGAGCGGACCUUCCCAAGAAAGCCCAGAAGAUGUAUGAAUGCGCCUACUGCGGCAAAAUCUGCAACAACAGCGCUCACCUGGUGAUCCACGAGAGAAUCCACACAGGCGAGAAGCCACAUAGAUGCUCCGAGUGCGGGAAAAGCUUCCGCCAGAAAGGAAACCUUACCACACACAAGAGAAUCCACAUGGGGGAGAAGCCCCACGAGUGCCGGGACUGCGGGAAAAGCUUCAGCCGGAGGCAGCAGCUCGUGAGACAUGAGAGGAUCCACUCGGGAGAGAAGCCCUACAGAUGCGCCGUCUGCGGGAAAAGCUUCUGCCGGAAGGACUCUCUCAUCACCCACAACGGGACCCAUGUGCGGGAGAAGUCCUUCGAGUGCUCUGACUUUGGGGAAGGCUUCCCUUCUAAUGCUGGACUUCAAAAAACGUAAUAUAUUCAUGCACACCAGGUCAUAGACAUGUUCAUAAUGGGGGAUUUGACUGGACAUCCUUGACUGGAGUGUCAGGCUGGGACUGGGGUGACACUCUGCCUGGCCUACCUCGUAGGGUUGGUGUGAGGUUCAAAUGGGCAGUGGUGGAACACUGUGUGCUGCCCUAAGCUCCUUAGAGCAACCUCCCCAAACCUGCUGCCCUACGGAUAUUUUUUGGGACUACAACUCCCCAGGUCAGGAAGGGGGGGUGCUUUAAUGAGAUGGGGGGGAAACCCUGCUAGAUUGGGCCAAAGACAUCCCUGUUCUCACAGGGGCCAAACUUAGGGAAAGUGUUCCUUUUAGGCGGUGGGGGGCUGGGAACCCUCAAGCUCCCGGGUGCAAGAAUGCUGUCUCCCCACUUGUGAUUCCCAGUAAUUGCGUAUACAGUGGCAUACUGCCUCCAAAAUACUUCAGUUGUUGCUAAUAGCCAUGAAUAGGCCGCUAAUGGAAUUGCCUAACCUUCUUCUUUAAACAAAUUGUUUUUAUUAAAUAUUUUUGGGUUACAUAAGUACAUACAUCGCCUCGGAAGAAGAGAAGAAGAGUUUGGAUUUGAUAUCCUGCUUUAUCACUACCCGAAGGAGUCUCAAAGCAGCUAACAUUCUCCUUUCCCUUCCUCCCCCACAACAAACACUCUGUGAGGUGAGUGGGGCUGAGAGACUUCAGAGAAGUGUGACUGGCCCAAGGUCACCCAGCAGCUGCAUGUGGAGGAGCGGGGAAGCGAACCCGGUUCCCCAGAUUACGAGACUACCACUCUUAACCACUACACCACACUGGCUCUCUGUGUUCAGAUCAUAAAGUCCUUUCUACAGAUCAGUUAUAUUUGAUGUGAGACGUUAAACGUUAAAGCCAUCCUGGUUGGUGGCCAUCACUGCCUUUUGUGGGAUUGGGAAUGUGUGUAGCAACUGCCCAUCUGUACAAAGGUAAAAUUCACAUCUGUUGCUCUGUCCACUUUUUCCUCUAGUCCUGACCAGAACAGAAUGCUGCCGUCAGUCAGCAAAGAGUCCCCCAUCCCUGCUCCAGGCUCUAUUAUAAUUAUUUAUUAUUACUGUUACUUUUCAGAUUUAUACAUUUCACUGAUUUUACAAUCAUUUUGAAAUUUCAAAACUUGACUUCCUUCCCCCACUGUCUGUGGUUCCUUAAAUUUAUUUUUAAUAUCUUCUGCAUAUCCAAAUUAACUUCAAUUUAUUCAUCUUCUUUAAAUGUAUACUCUUAUAAAGCUGCAGGUUAUUACAAUAAUCCUGCCAAUGUUUUUAUCUGUUUUAUCUGUAAAUAUUCAAUAAACCAUUUCCAUUCUUUUGU